AUGGCCUUGUAUAUCAUCGAAGUCCCUAUAGACCAAUUCGCAACAGAGAAACCAAACCCAGAAACCAACCUCAAGGGCUUCACAAUCCCACUCAUUCGCCUACGCAGCGCAAACGCAACUCAAAACCUUCUUCUAAAUCCCGGCGGCCCAGGAGCCAGCGGCUUUGAGUUCCUAUACCGCCGAGGCGAGCAACUCAAGGCCAUACUAGGGGAAAGUUUUCACUUUCUGACAUUCGAUCCGCGCGGCGUCAACAGCUCAACACCCGCAGCGUCCUGUUAUCCUGACGCUAAGACGCGACAAGAGAAGUCGCAUAUUCAAGCGCGCGAUGCUCCAGCCGAUAGCCCCGAGAUCUACGCAUGGGCACAGAAUUUCGCAAAAGCAUGUAUCGAAACAAUGGGCGACUAUGCGCCGUACAUCAACACCCCGCAGACAGCAGCAGAUAUGAAUAGUAUCCUGGAUGCGGUGGGCCAGGCAGAUAUGAUAUACUGGGGCUUCAGCUACGGGACUCUUCUUGGACAGACGUACGCGGGGCUCUUCCCCGAACGAUCAAAGCGCGUGGUUAUCGACGGAGUCGUGAACCAAUUCGAGUGGUACGAAGGCGUGGGUUUGUCCGAAGAUCUCAUCGACACGGAGAAUGUGCUCGACGGGUUCUUUGACGAAUGCAUGAAAGCAGAUGCCGGCAGCUGCGCGCUCGCCUCACUAGCAACGUCGAAAGAAGAGCUAAGCGAAAUGGUCCUCUCGUCCCUAGACCAGCUCCGGCAUCAGCCUCUCGACGUAUACAUCAACAACACCGUCUACGGAAUCCUAACCUACGAAAAAGUCUGGUACAACGGUGUAUUCGCCGCAUUAUACAAACCUCCACUGUGGUCAUCCCUCGCACAGAACCUCUACAGCCUACUUCAAGGAAACGCAACACCCGCCUUCCUGGCCUACAACACGGCAGGAGAACAAACGGACGAGUCCCUCAACUUCGUCGAGCUAAACGACGGCCGCACAGGCUCACCCCACUGGCCCCAGGGCAAAGACUCGCUUCUCGCACAGAUCACACCCUGGCUCAACCAGAGCCUCUUCAGCACAGCAUUCCUCACAUCAUACUACCAGAAACAGCAGUGGGCGGUGCCGAGGACGCAUCCGUAUGUGCCGCGACGGGGUGUGGAGACCGCGCAUCCGCUGUUGAUCCUCUCGACUACCUACGACCCUAUAUGUCCGCUUGUGUCAGCGCGCGCGGCUAAUGAAGCUUUUGCUGGAUCGCAGGUUGUGGAGGUUGAGGGGUAUGGACAUUGUUCAAUUGCUGUGGGUUCGGUCUGCGUUGCGAAGCAUCUGCGUGCGUUCUUGCAUGAGGGGACGCUUCCUGAUGCGUAUACGCGGUGCAAGGUUGAUUCUGCUUAUUUUGGGAACCCUGAUGAACAUGGGCGCAUGGCUGCUCAGGCGUACUUUGAGGACACGGAGGAUCAAAAGAUUCACCUUGCACAAUUAGAGCUUAUGGCGGGAUGGGAGUUUUCUCGCUCAACCGUGUGGUGA